AUGCCCGUGCGAGAGCACGAGCUACCCGACCGGCAGGGUUCAGAAAGCUCAAACAGCAGCUGGAAAUCACAAGAAACAAUCAGGGACAUCGAGAAGUCGCACCGGGAGCAGAAUAACUCAUCCUCGGACGGUCGCAAUGCCGACCCUUUCCCUGGAAGCCUAAUCAUGGACAAGCCUGGGUCCUCCAACGCUCCGGGAAUCGACUGGGGGUGGACAUGGAGCUCCCCAGAAAUUUCCCCCACCGAAGAACGCAAAGGCUCCGGUUUCAGCAAUCAUCGGAAGGCCCUGGCACUUCUUGGAGCUGGUGAUGAUCCCGCCCGAUCAAUUACUCCUAGCCCGCGGCCCCCUCCCAUUAACCCAUCUCGCCCCAGCCCUGAAGAGCUCGACUCGAUCGCUCCGUGGGUCACAACAGCCAACUCUGAAGGACCCGGAACCUUUUUCAACUCCGCCUCCGAAUAUGAAGCUUCACCUGCAUCGACGACGUUUCGCCCAGCUACUGGACGGACGUUCUCUAGUGAGCCGGCCGAUCUGGACUGGAAUGGGGACAAUCGCAGGCCUUCCGCCGCGAGCAUGACGAGUAGCCAAGGGUCAAAGUCAAGCACAGGUGCAAAGCUCUGGAAGAAGAAAUCCAGGGCCUCGGCUAGUGAUGAGUGGCCUAUCCCCGAUGAACCCGAUGAAGAUGCCCAACAGAACCCACCCAGCAGGCGUGGGGGCCCAAUUGACAAAGUCAAAGCUCGAGAAAGAGCAAACUCGGAUGGUUCAGAAGCAUCGCAACGGCCGUCGCGACCGCGAGCGGAAACCCCCGCACCUUCAAGUGAAGUCACUCCGUGGUUAUAUCAAAACGUGCACGAUAUUUCACAGUAUGGGGAGGCUCCCAUACGACAGCUGCCCAUCGGCCCUGAUGGUAAGCGUCUCGUUUCUGCCGCGGGUCUACCCCGUGGUACACACAGAGAUUCAAGUCGAAGAGCAGCCAACGGGCACCGCCAUUCUCGGAGUAAAGAAGAAAAGCCAACACUUGCAGGCGAUCUGGCCGGAUAUCAAUCUCGUCCCUCAGGUGGGCGGGAUGACUUCUCUGUCGGACUGAAGCCCUUCAAUGAACACUACCUCAAUUCCUCCACUGCUAUGAGCUCGUCCAGCACCCUUGGUGGCCGUUCAACCAGUCCGACUCCCAGCGUGCAAAGCGCUAUCUACCGUGAUCACGGUCAGAAUUCUCCGGGAGCUCCGCAAGAUAAGCGAGGUCUUCUUACUAGAGUACGACACUUGUUGCCGGGGUCACACAAGCCGCAUGAAAGGUCAAAGCACGAUCAUCCUCUGCGCCGGCAGCCAAGUUUUGAAGGAAGUUCUGCUCGUGUGGAUUCAGCAGAUUCAGACCGAAAGAGGGACACUGCAAAGCGCAAAUUCAACCGGCGGCUCCCCAUCGGCGGAGACCCCCACUCCUCAAGAGAGGAUACAACUCGCGAUGAAGGUCAUGUCUUCAAGCUCGAUACCAACUUGAAAGAUCUUGGCGACAUUGUUCGCGCAGCUUCUCCCAGUCACAUAAAAGCCGUCGCUGACAGUACAAUCACCCCGCGUGAGGAUUCGACCAGGUCUGAACAAGCGGGUGGCAUCGACACCUGGUCCGCUCCGGACAGCUGGGCAGUCAAGAAGCAAAAUGACCCUGUUGUGGAAGCCGCACCGCAACCCUCCAGUGCUUCCUAUUUCAUCCGCGUUUUCCGCAUAGACGGAACAUUUGCAACCCUUUCGGCUGGUGUGAACGCGACCGUUGCGGAGAUCUUGUACAUGCUGGGCCGCAAAUCCUUUUUACAAGAUCAUCUCAACAACUAUGAAAUCGUGCUGCGGAGGAAUGACCUAUCGCGACAGCUUGACCACAAUGAGCGGCCGAUCCUCAUGCAGAAACAACUUUUGGAACAAGUUGGCUACACAGAGAAGGAUCGCAUAGAGGACAUCGGUCGUGAGGACCACAGCUACCUCUGUCGCUUUAUCUUCUUGCCGACAAAGCUCAGCGGUUAUACCAGUCUGGAGGGCGAUCCCGGCUUUAGCAAGAUGUCAAAGUUCAGCCACGUGGAUCUCCAGGGCCGAAGCUUGGUCACCAUUCCGAUUACUCUGUACAAGAAAUCCUCGGAGAUCAUUUCGUUGAACCUGUCCAGGAAUUUGUCUCUCGAUGUGCCAAAGGAUUUCAUCCAGAGCUGCAUCAACUUACGGGAAAUCAAAUUCAUCGGCAAUGAGGCCCGGCAUCUUCCAGCUAGCUUUAGCUUGGCUAGUCGCUUGACUUACUUGGACAUUUCCAACAAUUUCUUGGAGGAGCUGGAACACGCGCAGCUUGACCGACUCGCUGGCCUAGUCAGUAUUAAGAUGGCGAACAAUCAGCUGACCAAACUCCCAAGCUACUUUGGGAACUUCAAAUAUCUCCGAAGCUUGAAUAUGUCUUCAAACAGCUUCAAGGUCUUCCCUGAGUUCUUGUGUAAGCUGCGGAGCUUGGUCGACCUCGAUAUCAGCUUCAAUAGCGUCGAGGAGAUCCAUAAUAUUGGUCGACUGGCUACGCUCGAGCGCCUUUGGAUGACCAACAACAACAUCAGCGGGUCGCUUGACGAGACCUUCCGGGAUCUGGUGAACCUGAAGGAGAUUGACGGACGCUUUAAUGCGAUCACUAGUAUUGAUAAUCUGUCCCGGCUUCCUCGUUUGGAGCAGGUUUUCUUUGGCCAUAACCUCAUCUCCCGGUUCCGUGGGGCGUUCCCGAAGCUGCGCAGCUUGCAUAUGGAUCACUGCCCGCUGACGCAGUUUGACAUCGAUGCCCCUAUGCCAACUUUGAGCUCUCUCAACCUUGCCUCUGCGAAACUGUCGCAAUUCCGUGAUGCUAUGUUUGAGAACUUACCCAAUGUCUCCAAGCUUAUCCUCGACAAGAACCAUUUAACCUCGAUCUCAGCCCAGAUUGGCAAAUUGCGUCGACUAGAACAUUUCAGCAUCAUCAAGAAUCCGCUCGGGUCUUUACCUGCCAGUAUCGGGUGCCUGGCGGAGCUCAAGGAGUUCAACGCUCGUGAGUGCAACUUGAAGGCGCUGCCAAAUGAGAUCUGGCACUGCGCCAAGCUGGAGACACUGAAUGUUUCCACAAAUCUCUUAACCACCUUCCCGAAACAUGGUGCCCCUCAGCCCUUAGUCCCUGGUGAACCGACCACCACUCCUGUGACAACUCCAGCUCUGAGCGGAACUCCAAACUAUGAGGAGCUAGGUCCCCUAGACGAAGUCGACUUCCGUCGACCUAGUCAUAGUCAGCCCUCGGGGGGUGCUGUGGGAUCUGGUUCAUCUCCAAAUGGCUCAUAUCGAAACCCGUCGAACACUCCAUCCAUCGGUCAAACUGGAGGAAGAAAGGUUUCCACAGCAUCACGAACUGCCACUGAUACAAGCAACGGCUCUCGGAAGGAUUCGAAUAUCUCGCAGCAUGCAACGACCUCGAGUUUUGCGGGGUCUCUUCGAAACCUAUACCUUGCUGAUAACCAGUUGGAUGAUGACAUCUUCCGCGAGCUGGCCCGCCUUCCUGAGCUUCGUAUCGUCAAUCUCUCGUACAAUGAGUUAACAGAGCUGCCACAGGGUGUCCUCAAGCGAUGGCCUUUGAUUUCCGAGCUCUACCUGUCCGGCAAUGAACUCACCUCACUUCCAUCCGAUGAUUUGGAAGAAGGAAGCAACCUCAAGGUUCUUCAUAUUAAUGCGAACCGAUUUCAAGUGCUGCCCGCGGAGCUUUGCAAGGUCAGCAAGCUGGCCAUUCUUGAUGUUGGAAGCAACGCGUUGAAGUACAACAUCUCCAAUUGGCCCUAUGAUUGGAACUGGAACUGGAAUCGAAGCCUGAAGUACCUCAACUUCUCAGGCAACAAGCGUCUGGAGAUCAAGCCCAAUAUUGCAACUAUUGGUCAGCAGGGUGGGAAUGGCACUGAUCUGACUGACUUCACGUCUCUCACUCAUCUCCGAGUGUUGGGAUUGAUGGAUGUGACCUUGACAAUCCCUACUAUCCCUGAUGAAAACGAGGACCGCCGUGUGAGGACUUCGGCCUCUUUGGCUGGCUCACUUGCCUACGGAAUGGCGGACACUCUCGGUCGUACUGAGCAUCUAUCCAUCAUUGACAUGAUUGUCCCCCGGUUGAAGCCCGAUAACGUGGAGACAUUACUCGGUAUGUUCGACGGGUCAACCCUGUCCAGUGGUGGCUCACGCGUUGCAAAAUACCUUCACGAGAACUUCACUCCGACCUUCUCGUCCGAGCUUAGGAAGCUUCAGCGUCAGCCAGAUCGGGAUGAAACACCGCUCGAUGCCCUGAGACGCGCAUUCUUAGCCCUAAACAAGAAUAUGGCUGGGUCUGCGUAUCGAUCGAUUGAUGAUCGCGAGCUACGCCAGUAUCAUCGCGGAUCUGCCUCGAAGCAGCUCAACCAGGACGAUAUUCAGUCUGGUGGCGUCGCUACGGUGCUGUACUUGAACAAUAUGGAUCUGUAUGCGGCCAAUGUUGGCAAUGCGCAGGCCAUUCUCGUCAAGCAAGAUGGUUCAUCGCGCCCGUUGACACGAGUUCAUGAUCCUGCUGAAGCUAGUGAACGGGCACGUAUCCGUGCUGCUGGCGGAUUUGUAUCUCGCAAUGGUAAGCUCAACGAUAUCCUCACGGUUUCGAGGUGCUUUGGGCAUUUCCCCAUGAUGCCUUCCGUUAUUGCCGCUCCUUUCACUCUACACACAACCUUGACUGAGCAAGACGAAAUGAUCAUAUUGGGAUCGAAAGAGCUAUGGGAGUACGUGGCCCCCGAGCUGGUCGUCGAUGUCGCUAGAGACGUGUAUCCGAACCUUAUGCUUGGAGCCCAAAAGCUCCGAGAUCUGGCUAUCGCCUUUGGGGCAACAAACAAGUUGAUGGUCAUGAUCCUUGGUGUCAGUGAGCUUCAACGCCGGCAGAAGAAAUGGCCGCGUCCUAGCAUGAACCUAGAACGCUCUGCAUUCCCUGAUGACGGAAUCGUCCCCUCAACCAAGAUUCGGCGCAGGCCUCGUGAUAUGCCAGGUGACACUCGCCUUGCGCGUUUCGACUAUGUCGAUGCUCCGACGGGCGAACUGGCUAUUAUCUUCACUGAUAUAAAAAAAUCGACUGGUUUGUGGGAGAUGUGUCCAGAUGCCAUGCGCUCAGCCAUCUCAAUUCACAAUGAUAUUCUGCGACGACAACUCGGAAUCAUCGGUGGUUAUGAGGUCAAGACUGAAGGUGACGCUUUCAUGGUUGCCUUUUCGACCACAACUGCCGCCUUGCUUUGGUGCUUCAACUGCCAGAACAGUCUUCUGGAAGCCGAGUGGCCUACGGAAAUUCUGGACCAACCGCAGUGCGCAGUCACGUCCGAUAUGGAGGGUAAUAUUAUAUCUCGUGGUCUAUCUGUUCGCAUGGGUGGCCACUGGGGUGAACCCGUUUGCGAGAAAGACCCCGUCACCAACCGCAUGGAUUACUUCGGCCCCAUGGUGAAUCGAGCCUCCCGAAUUUCUGCCGUCGCCGACGGAGGACAGAUCUUCGUAUCGUCAGACUUCAUGAGCGAUAUCCAGCGCAAUCUCGAAAUCUUCGCUGAUUCUGAACGCUCGGCAUCGACUAGCUCAAGUGACAGUCAUCCGCGAGUCGAUAGCCUUGGUCAAAAUAUCCGCCGCGAGUUGAACCAGCUGAAUAGCCAAGGUUUCGUGAUCAAGGAUCAGGGCGAGCGGAAGUUGAAGGGACUGGAGAACCCAGAACCCCUGUACCUCGUCUAUCCUCACUCGUUGGCAGGUCGCUUGACAAGCUUGGAAGAAAAUCAGCAGAAGUCAGAAGGCCAAGGGCCAGCGACCAUAGAGAAGCAGUCCAAGCUGAACGUGGACACCGAUGAUAUCUGGCGUCUAUGGGAGGUCACUCUCCGCUUAGAGCGGCUUUGCGGCGCUCUGGAGAACCCGGCAGAGCCACGGCUUAGGGAGCCGAAUGUUGCACUGUUCAAUAUGGUCAAGAAUCACGGAGGCGAGUUGAAUGAUUCGACUGUGAUUAGCUUGAUUGACCAGCAGGUCACUCGCAUCGAGGUAACCAUCAACACCCUCUCUGUACGCAACUUGAUGCGGCCCUUCAAGUCUGGCGAUCGGCUUGAGGAUUACGCCGUUCCCAUUGGCGAGAUUUUUCAACAACUGGCGACGCAACUUGCAGAGUACCGCGCCCUCAAAGAGCAGAUGGCCGUUGGGGCUGCAGGCAUCCCCGGCGGACCACCGGCCCCCAAUUAUAGUGGCAUUGACACGCACUCAACUCCGAGUGCAAACAGCACCGCCACCUCCGCCUCAUCCUCAUCCCUCAAUUUGUCCCGUUCUGCGGAUACACCUCGCUCCUUCGACCUUCACCGCAACAACCAUUGA